AUUGGUCCCCUGACUGCUCCUCACCCUCCAAUCAGUUUAGGAUAGAAUAAAGAAGGAGCUGAGUCAUCGACCAGUAAAGUGACUGUGAUGAAAUCACAAUAAAUGAUGGUGGUUUGAUGUCUUUUUGCAUCUCCACACAUCGCUCUGUCCGUCCUUCCUUUGCUUCCUGUCUGUGACUCCUCUCUCAGGCCUCGGCAGCAGCGACGAGGAGAACUCCGAUCGACCCGCCAUCACGCUGACGCUGUCGGCUGGACCCGAGCACGAGCUCCCGCGAGCCGACGACGGCAGCGACUGGUCGACGCUCACGGCGGAGAGCGGCGAGGACACGCCCACCUGGCACGAUGCCAUGGAGACGGAGGAGUGCGAGUUGGUGAGGUGUGUGUGCGAGGUGGACGAGGAGAAUGACUUCAUGAUCCAGUGCGAGUCGUGUCUGUGCUGGCAGCACGGGACCUGCAUGGGUCUGUAUGAACACAACGUGCCACACAACUACACCUGCUACUACUGCAGACACACGGCAGGCUGGAGGCGGGCCCAGCGCUUCUUGUCAGAACCUGAUUUGCUGAUAUCGGGUCACAUGUUCGGCCUCUCGUGCGUGAAGGAGAACUACUCGGAGACCAACGCCGCCACCAUCUCGCACACCAACAGCCUGCUGGCGCACACGCACGCCCUCAAUCAGGUCCUCAGCGGGCUGCAGCUCAAGAUCAGCCUGCUGGACACGCCGUCCCACCCGGACCUGCAGUUGUGGCGGUUGCCGUGGCGGCGGGAGGAGGGGUUGAGAGCGGCGGGCGGUCCGAGAGGUGAGCCGCCCGUCUGCUACGUCAGCAGCGAGCACUGCUACCAGAAGCCCGGUGCAUCGUGGGAAAAGGCGCAGGCUGCAGUGAAGCAGCAGCAGGAGGAGGAGAUUGACCUGAGGGGAAUAAAGCCCGAAGCCGUCGACCAGAAUCCGAAUGACGUCCCCACGGAUGCCAACGUCGCGGCACACACGGACCGACGCCAACACGCACGUGCCCAGACGUGCCCGGCGCCGGAGGCCGAGUGUCAGCUGAACCUGCUGGAGCACGUGGAGUCCCUUCACCACCAGAUCAGCGGCAGGAUGGAUGUGAUAGAGCGGGAGCUGGACGUCUUAGAGUCCUGGUUGGACCACUCGGGCGAGCUCGAGCCUCCGGACCCUUUGUCCCGCCUUCCACAGCUCAAACAGCGAAUCCGGCGGCUGCUGCGUGACUUGUGCACCGUGAGACACCUGUCGGUCUGGCGAUGACGCUCUCUGCUCCAGAAAAAAACAACAACCCAUUGACCUUUGAUUCUGCAAGUGUCUGCCAGCCAGACGGAGCAGAGCGACAAACGGACCGUUAGAGAGUGAGUCGUAGAGCGAGUUGACACUCCGGGUCUGGAGAGAGGAAACGGGGUGAGGACGGGUGUUGAUACCACAGGAAGCCACCCUCCCCGAAGGGGAAAAAGACUUAUGUUUUUAUGUAAGGUGAUUUUGUUGAUUUUUUUUAUUGGCCUGGUCGAAGUUAACGUGCAUCACUCUGACUGUUAGGGCGCAGCGUUAGCAUCAGACUGACUGUUCAUGUGCAGCGUUAGCAUCAGACUGACUGUUCAUGUGCAGGGUUAGCAUCAGACUGACUGUUCAUGUGCAGCGUUAGCAUCAGACUGACUGUUCAUGUGCAGCGUUCGCAUCAGACUGACUGUUCAUGUGCAGCGUUAGCAUCAGACUGACUGUUCAUGUGCAGCGUUAGCAUCAGACUGACUGUUCAUGUGCAGCGUUAGCAUCAGACUGACUGUUCAUGUGCAGCGUUAGCAUCAGACUGACUGUUCAUGUGCAGCGUUAGCAUCAGACUGACUGUUCAUGUGCAGCGUUAGCAUCAGACUGACUGUUCAUGUGCAGCGUUCGCAUCAGACUGACUGUUCAUGUGCACCGUUAGCAUCAGACUGUUAGCUUCUGCAAGUUUCUCAAUUCAGCCAUUUAGUUUUUAGAUUGGAACCGAGUAGAAAAGAGAGUUCAUUUUAAAGGUCCGGUUAUUGAAGCAGAAUUUAUUUGUGCACCUUUUGUGAAAGCUGAAUGACCACUAGCAUCAGAUCAAUGUCUGUUUGGAGAUUUUGGUUCAUUUCACUCAGCGCUGUUUGGUUUGCUUGUAAACAACACAAUAUUUGUACCCAUAGCGUGUCAUAAACAUCACUAACGUAGCUUAAAGAUAAUCAACGCUGGGACACAAACAUGGACUGUUUGUUUGGACUGUUCCAGCGUUUUGUCGCUGUCUGAUUUCAUUUAUUUUCUCUUUUAGAUGUUUGUUCAUCAGGUUGUUUUUAGUUAAUUUCCUCUUCUACUUCCUUUUCUAGAUUUGUGUUUAUUUUUUAUUCUUAAACGUCUCCUCACAUUACAGAGGACAAACGAUGAGCACGGAAGUUAACUUUUGACCUUUAUGUGUAACAAACAAUCUCCACAGGAGCAUUUAGUGUCCCAGAACUUUCAGCUUUCCACGGCAGUUUAAUCUCCACAUGCGCAUACAAAUACAUUACAGACAAAUAAAACAUAUGUAAAUAUGUCAAAGUAUAUGUUUCAUACAGUUGUAAAGGAAGCGAACUGUACAAAGCUGUAGAUUUAUUUUCAUAGGUGGGUGGGGAAGCGGGUUGGUUACCUUUUAGGAUCCCGAGAGUGUUUUGGUAGAAGAACAACGCAGAGCGUCAGUUUCCUCCAUACGGUGCGUUCAGGCGCCUCCUCUACAGCCGGCCGGGUCGUUUUAACCCAGACGUAAACACAGGGUUCUGUUUUGCUGAGUUUUGGAGGAGGAGCCUGAAGGCAACACAAGUUCAUGUGAAGUCAAAGGUCAAUCCUUUAUUUUCUGAAGAAAAACUCACACUUUGAUUUAAAUGUGUUCCCGUCUGUGUGGAUGUUCUCUGCCCCCCCUCAAAAUGCUCUGCCAACCAAACUGUAGAAUCUUUAUGAAUAUUAAAAGAAAGAACCAUUA